AUGGCCAAGAUCAAGCAAAAGGGAAAGUCGGGUGCGGCCAAGAACUACGUGACGCGUAACCAGGCCAUCAAGAAGCUUCAGGUGACGCUUGCCGACUUCCGCCGCCUCUGCAUCCUCAAGGGCAUCUUUCCGCGCCAGCCCAAGAGCGUCCGCAAGGCCAACAAGGGCUCUUCGGCACCCACCACCUUCUUCUUCGCCAAGGACAUUGCGUACCUCCAGCAUGAGCCCGUGCUGCAGUCGCUGCGCGAGCACAAGACGUUUGCCAAGAAGCUCUCGCGCGCCAUCGGUCGCCGCGAGUGGGCCGCCGCCAAGAACCUCGACGAGAGCAAGCCCACGUACCGACUCGACCACAUCAUCAAGGAGCGCUACCCGACCUUCCGCGACUCGCUCAAGGACAUCGACGAUGCGCUCUCGCUCCUCACCCUCUUUGCCAACCUGCCCGCCACGGACAAGGUGUCGGCCGAGGUGAUCGCCACAUGCUCGCGCCUCUGCGCCGAGUGGCAGUUGUACGUCAUGAAGACCAAGGCGCUCAAAAAGGUCUUCCUCAGCAUCAAGGGCAUCUACUUCCAGGCCGAGGUGAACGGAGAGACCAUCACAUGGCUCGUCCCUUACCUCUUUACGCAGCACAUCCCCUCGGAUAUCGACUUCCGCAUCAUGUACACCUUCCUCGAGCUCUACCAGACCCUGCUUGGAUUCGUGCUCUUCAAGCUGUACACCGACGAGAACCUCGUCUACCCGCCCAGGUUCGACGCCACCAAGGACGAGCAGGCUGCCGGCUUUGGCGCGCUCAGCCUCGACCCGGCCAGCGCGGCUGUGCUGCGUGGCGAGAACGCGGCGGCCGUCGCUCCCUCGACCUCUUCCACCGUCAUCACCGCAUCCGGCAAGAAGGUGUCGGCGAGGGACGUCAAGAAGCAGAUCAAGGCGAUCGCCAAGUCGGGUGCCGUGGCCGACGACGUGGAUGAAGCGGACGAGGCGGACGAGGAGGAGGCGCAAAUCGAGGCCGAGCAGGACCAGUUUGUGGAGCAGCCGUCCAAGUCGGCCGAGGAGCAAGAGUCGUCGGCGCACCUCACCACGUUUGACGAGAUCCAGGCCGCUUCGGCGGCGAGCGAAGGAGCAGCCAACGGGCUCUUCACGCCGUACGUCUUCUACAUCUCGCGAGAGUGCCCGCGUGCGGUGAUCGAGUUUGUGCUGCGCUCGUUCGGCGCGCUUCCGGGCCGCAUCGGCUGGGACAUGGUGGCCGGUGCCGGCAGUGCGGUGGACGAGGACGACGCGAGGAUCACGCAUCACAUUAUCGACAGGCCCGUGCCCGCUGGCGGCAUGAAGAAGUACGCGGGCAAGCGCGUGUUUGUGCAGCCGCAGUACAUUGUGGACUGCGCCAACGCACGCAAGCUGCUGCCUGCUGGCGCGUAUGGACCGGGCCAGACUCUGCCGCCGCAUCUCAGUCCGUUUGUCGACGAUGCCGAGGUGGCGCGUCGCGGCGGCUACGUGCCCGAGGAGGCGAGGGAGCAGCUGGGUCUCGAGGCCGAUGCUGCCGCCGCCCCAUCGGACGACGACGAGGACGACGAGGAUGUGGACGAGGAGAGUGCCGACGAGGACGAGGAUGCGGAGGAGGAGCCAACAAGCAAGGCCGAGGAGUCGUCGCGACCUGCGCUUGCAGCGUUGUUGGCCGAUCCUGCGGAUGCCACGGAUGCUGGCCUGCUGGAUGCUGCCGAGCUCGAGGCGGAAGCGGCGGGUGGCGAGGAUGCGCUGGAGGAGAUGCGACGCAAGCACGCCGCAGCGCUCAAGGAGGCCAAGAAGAAGGCCAAGGGCAGCAGCGCCGGUGGAGCGGCGGCGCGCAAGAGCGACGAGCAGGAGGCCAAGGAGAUGACCAAGAUGAUGAUGAGCAAUCGCCAGCGCAAGCUGUACGAAAAGCUCAACUACUCGUCCGGCAAGCGUGCCGAAGAGACCGCCAAGCUGCAGCAGAAGAAGAAGGCGCUCAACAAGAAGGCCGCCAAGGCGCGAAAGUGA